AUUUCCAGCGCUGUCCUGCCCGCUCAGAGUGAGAAUAUCCUUUGCGCUACGCGGUUCACCCAUCGCAACGCUCGGGUCGUGCGGAAAAACAAACGAAAAUCCGUGUCCGUCCGAGACGGAAAAGGUGUAAAAGUCUGCAAGUGAGGGAAAAGUGACGCAUCGAAAAUAGGAGUGAAGCCAAGACGUUGAACGCAGGACGUAUAUUUAAAAUGUAUCACAGGCGAGAGGAUUUUAUUUUUAUCUACGAGUGGCAUGGCCAUUAUUGACUUGCAAAAAGGAAACCUAAUGGAAAAUCAAUCUAUGUGAAGUGUUUCGUCCCGGGCAAGGGCUCACUGAGAGCAGAUACAUAAGCAAUAGGAUGAAUACCAACAUUUGUUUCACGCUGUGAGUGAAAAGCGAACAAACGUUUAAUUAUCUGAUUAUGGUGGAAAUAUACGCAGUAUUUCAAGUGCUCUUUGAAGGCAAUCAGCAUCUUCAAGAUUGCUUAGUGUAGAAAAUUCUCUACUUCGCGUUUGCUGAUUUGCUUACAUAGGCAGUUUUCCGGAUCGACAUAAUCAUUCGUACACGCGCUGGAUGCUGCAUUUCCUGUACUGAGUGUUCCACGUUUGGAAUAAAAUCCAAGUGGUGAAAAAGUGAGCGAAAGCAAUGCCCCGGCAGCAUGAAAUCCACCAACGAAACGGACUGGGAGCCCCUGCUCGAAACGGUCGGUCGAGGCUCGGCGCGACUGCAGCCUGGUGGGACGACGGCACCUACCUGCACAACCAAUAGGCGCGAAACCAAAAGCCUGACCCAGGAAAAAUGUGGUCGGAUCCGGCUGGGAGUGCUGGUGGUACUCGUGUUUAUCACUUUCUACCUAUCGCUGUCCACAAUCGACAUUCGCCCGAUGGUGCAUCAGAUGGUGGUCAACAUACCGGAAGAUGACGAAGACCUGCCAGGACCAAGAGGCCUAGCCUCGUCGAAAGUAGUAUUACAAUCCACAACCAACCAAAUCAUUCCCGUUAUUCCACACACUUCAACUCAUCGCUCGGUGCAACCCAACCACGAUCAUUCCAACGGUAUCAACCCCAACGCCAACCAAACGACUGUAGUGCCAAAGGGAUUCCUUGUUUGGAGUCCGGAAUGUAAGAUGCUAGACCUAGAUCCGCUGGCGGAGGAUGUGAUGCGACUGUUCCACAAGGAGCGGUUCGAGCCCUGUUCCCCGAAGCAGCCACUCACCUCGAUCGAGCAGACAUUCGAAAACGACACGGUGCUACUUCGGUUCCAUCGGGAUCGCGUCACCAGCCAUCUGCCGCACUACAUGAAGUUCAUCGACUGCUGCUACCAGAGCAUCGAACGUUCCGGAAUCAACGAAAAGGCUGACAACGAUUAUACAUUAAGUGAGUGCACAUAUUUCACACAUGACGUAUUACUGUCAUCUAACGUCACCAACGGAGUGAUGGUACGCUGCAAAGGUAGCGUUUCGGCUAACAGUAAAACCCGCAAGGCUGUGUACACCAAUGCCCAUGCAUUCAUCCGAUCGAAUCCGCCAGUACAGCAGCGGUUGAACCGCUUCCGUCAGAGCUACAAACAGCGACCACUGAGUGUUCUACUAGUCGGAAUUGACAGUAUUUCAAGAUUGAAUUUGAUUCGAGCGAUGCCUCUUACCGCGCAGCACCUGUACGAUACGGGUUGGUUCGAGCUGAAGGGAUACAAUAAGAUUGACGACAACACCUAUCCCAAUCUGAUGGCGAUCCUGACCGGUUACAACAACACUCUCGCGUACGAUGUGUGUAAUCCGCGCAAGGUGGGUCAACUGGAAACUUGUCCCUUCAUUUGGAACUAUUUUGCCGACAGUGGAUACGCAACGGCGUACGCCGAGGAUGAAGCCAGUAUCAACACAUUCAACUAUCACAAGUUUGGCUUCGUCAAGCAACCGACCGAUUACUAUCUGCGACCGAUCGCUCUGGCUGCGGAGAAACAUUUGACCAAGAAAACGAAAAAUUCUCUAACGUUCUGCCUGGGAUACCAAAACUACGCGGAUUUUAUUUACCAGUAUGCAUUGGAUUUUGCUGAUUUCUACAAGGAUGAAGCUAGCUUCGGACUUUUCUGGACCAAUACGUUCAGUCACAAUGACAUCAGCGAUCCUUCCUGUAUGGAUUCGCGGAUCAAGUAUUACAUUGAGGAGAUGGAGAAUAGAGGCAUUCUGAACAACAGUAUGGUGGUAUUCUUUAGCGAUCACGGGAUUCGAUUUGGUGCUGUUCGUUCACUGUUGACCGGAUGGCUAGAGGAAAGACUUCCUUUCAUAUUCAUCUGGUUGCCGGAAUGGUUUAAAGAGCAGCAUCCAGAAAUAGUACAAGCGUUGAAAAUCAAUCGGAAUAGAUUAACAAAUCCGUACGACUUUCAUGCUACCCUCAAACAUGUGCUGGAGCUGUCUGAACGAAUCAACAACCUACCAGCACCGCUCAGUUGCGCCAACUGCCAGAGUCUGUUUCAGGAAAUGCCUUGGAAUAGAUCCUGCGAAGAGACGUCCAUUGCUUCGCAUUGGUGCACCUGCGCGGAUUUCCAGAAGAUCGAUAAAAAUUCCAAAAUUGUACGAGAGGCGAUAACAUUCGUCAUUGAUUCGAUCAAUCACGACUUAUCAGAACAACAGAAGAAUAUGACGAAGAAACUGUGUGCCAGAAUGCAGCUGAAAUCGAUUUCGCUUGCCAAAAUGGCCAAAUACUCGAACGCGGAAAUACCCCACAACGACUAUCUGCUAAUAUUCGAUGGAAAACCGGGCAGUGGCAAGUUCGAGUCCACCGUGAGGCACUACUACAAGCAGAACACGUUUGAGGUUACCGGAUCGAUCAGUCGGCUGAACGAAUAUGCUAGUCAAAGCGAAUGUAUGCAUGUGGAUUACUUGAGGAAGUAUUGUUAUUGCUUGCGGAAAAAGGGAGGUUAGGCUGUGCUGAAUUGAAGGGUGGGGUUCGAAAGAUAUUGUGACAAUAAGUGUAAGAUAAGUUGAAAUAAUCUCAUAAGUAGGAUUCAGUAACCAUUUGCCCUUCUUGAAUCUCAUUCCUAAACCAUUAGUUAGUUGGAUCCGAUUGAAGUUCUAAAGUGAAUAAUUGAGUAGUAACAAAUUAUCAUUCUGGAAUGUGUUCCACAUAAAUUUUGAAGGAUUUCUUUUCUUUUUUUGCCAAAAUCAUAUAUUUUGGUUGAAAGAUAAAGUUAUAAACUGUUCAUCACAAACUUUGAAUGAUCUCUGAAUUAUUAUUAUUAUUAAUGCUAUUAUCUUCUACGAAACUACCCCAACAAUUCGAUCGGAGAAUCGAAUGCUGCUUGUUCAAAACUAAGGCAAACGAUUCCGACCUCACGAAGCGUGUUCGAACUACCCUAUCCCUUCUCUCUAUCUCCAAGCGUCUCCAUUAUAGUAUCACUAUGAAUACACAUGAUUGUGAUUUCGAUACAAUGACGACAAGUAAAGUGUAAAUCUAAUUCCCAAUGUAUCCUUCGCAGCCAAAUUUGUACCUUUCCAUUUCCUAGAGUAUAAACCACUUUAAAGACAAAAACUAGAUCAAUGUAAAAUGGUCACUGGCACAACAGUGAAUAGUAUAACGUAGCAAAUAAUCCAUAGAAGAUGAGAGAACUAUCUUUUUCCACAAAACUAAUUGGAUAGGAGUUUUUCCUUAGAAAAAAGUAUUUUUGUUAUUUACCCUGAGAUAGAAGACAUAACAUUAGCUGCUAGGCUCUAAUGACAAAUAUUUUUUAUUAUUGUUAGAACAACCAAAUGAUCAUAAAUACUUAAGGGAACAUCCGCUCCAUA